AUGACAAUAAAGGUGUUGGCUGAUAAUUUAUCAAGAAGUUUGGGGUUAAAAAAACUCAAUAUUCCACAAGGAAAUUCAGAGAAAACACUCAAUGCUUACUCCAAGUCUCAAGAUGAGAAUGUUUUACAGGUAUUUGUCACAGCUGUAUGGGCAAAUGUCAUAGUUGCUAAUCCUUAUGCAAAAUAUGGAGAUGACCCCUAUACUCUUCAAUAUGGACAAUGUGGAGAGAAAGGACAAUACAUACAUUUUAAUCCAAAUUUCUUAUUGGAUAAUAAUAUACAUGUCUACGGGCCUCGAGGAAGAGUGCUUGUCCAUGAGUGGGCCCAUCUUCGAUGGGGCGUGUUUGAUGAAUACAACGAGGACCGACCAUUCUAUUUCUCCAGAAAGGAAACCAUUGAAGCAACGAGGUGUUCAAGUAAUAUUACUGGUACAGUAAUUGUCAGCAAAUGCCAGGAAGGCAUCUGUACACAAAGGCCAUGCAAACAUGAUUCACAGACAGGGCUGUAUGAAGCAGACUGUACCUUCAUCCCAAAGAAGUUCAACACUGCAAGGGAAUCCAUCAUGUUUCUACAAAGUCUCAAUUCUGUGACUAAAUUAUGUACAAAAGAAACACACAAUCCAGAUGCUCCAAACCUGCAAAACAAAAUGUGCAGUAAAAGAAGCACAUGGGAAGCAAUCACGAAGUCUGAGGACUUUCAGAAAGCUUCUCCCAUGCCAGGAACAAAUCCACCACCUCCUCCUACCUUUUCAUUGCUCAGGACCAGACAGCAUGUAGUCUGCCUGGUACUUGAUAAAUCUGGAAGCAUGGACUCAGAAGAGCGGCUCUUACAAAUGAAUCAAGCAGCAGAACUAUUCUUAAAUCAAAUUAUUGAAAAGGAAUCCUUGGUUGGGAUGGUCACAUUUAAAAGUUAUGCUACAAUCCAAAAUGAUCUAACAGAAGUAACUGAUGAUGAUGAUUACCAAAAGAUCACAGCAAACCUUCCUCAAGUAGCUGAUGGCGGAACUUCAAUUUGCAGUGGACUCACUACAGGAUUUCAGGUCAUUACCCGCAAUAGUCAGAGUACCUCUGGAUCUGAGAUCAUAUUACUGACAGAUGGGGAAGACAGUCAAAUCAGCUCAUGCUUUGAGGAGGUAAAACAGAGUGGUGCUAUCAUCCACACCAUUGCUCUGGGACCUUCUGCUGCCAAAGAACUGGAGACACUAGCAACCAUGACAGGUGGACAUCGUUUUUACGCCCACAGAGACAUAAAUGGUCUUAUCGAUGCUUUCAGUAGGAUUUCAUCGAGAAGUGGAAGCAUCAGUCAGCAAGCUAUUCAGUUGGAAAGCAAAACCGUCAAUGCUGCAGGAGGGAAAUGGACAAACGGCACAGUGCCUGUGGAUAAGACAGUUGGAAAUGACACUUUCUUUGUUGUCACAUGGACGACACAAAGGUCAGAAAUUUUUCUUCAAGAUCCAAAAGGAAAAAUAUAUGAAACUUCACAUUUUCAAGAAGAUAAACUGAAUAUUCGCUCUGUCCGCCUUCGAAUACCAGGUACUGCAGAGACAGGUACUUGGACUUACAGCCUUCUAAAUAAACAUGCUGACUCGCAGUUGCUAACAGUGACAGUGACCACACGAGCAAGAGAUUCAACCACUUUCCCAGUAACUGCAACCGUUCACAUGAGUCGAAAUACAGCACACUACCCUAGCCCAAUGAUUGUUUAUGCCCGAGUCAGUCAAGGGUUUCUGCCUGUCUUAGGAGUCAAUGUAACAGCCAUUAUAGAAAAAAGUGAAGACGGAUAUCAAGUAACACUGGAGCUCUGGGACAAUGGUGCAGGUGCUGACAAUGUCAAGAAUGAUGGCAUCUACUCAAGAUAUUUUACAGAUUACCAUGGUAAUGGUAGAUACAGUUUGAAAGUCAUUGCCCAGGCAAGAAAAAACACAGCUAAGAUAAGUUUAAAACAACAGAACAAAGCCCUGUACAUUCCUGGCUACACUGAAAAUGGAAAAAUUAAAAUGAACCCACCCAGCCCUGAAGUCGAAGAUGGCAUGAAAGUGCAAGACUUCAACAGACUGACCUCAGGAGGGUCCUUUACUCUGUCAGGAGCGCCCUCUGCUGGUACUCCUACUCAUGUGUUCCCACAGGGUCGGAUCACAGAUGUGGAAACUAAAUUUAAAGAGGACUCCGUUCAGCUGUCAUGGACAGUGCCUGGGAAUGUGCUUGAUAAAGGAAAAGCCAACAGCUACAUUAUAAGAAUAAGUAAGCAUUUCUUGGAUCUCCAAGAAGACUUUGACAAUGCUACCUUAGUGAAUACUUCUAGUCUGGUACCUAAGGAAGCUGGAUCAACAGAAAGUUUUGAAUUUAAACCAGAACCAUUUAGAAUAGAAAAUGGCACCAAAUUCUAUGCUGCAAUUCGAUCUGUCCAUGAAGGCAGUCGCAACUCAGAAAUUUCCAACAUUGCAGAAGCAAUCAAGUUUAUUCCUCCACAGGAAGGCAGUGGGUCUCCAGGCACCAAUAUUUCAGCGAUCAGUUUGACAAUUUGGGUAUUUGUUGUAGUUUUAUCCAUAUAUUAA